AUGAGCGUAAGAAAACUGUUGAGACAUCUCAGCGAACGACGUCCUAAAAUGAGCCGAGGACGAACUCAGUCGUGGCCGUACGACAGCAAACUCACCAAAAACCGUGUCGAAUACCUCGGUACCAUCCACGAAAAAAACUUCGAUACUAGUCCAAGAAACACAAACGACAGCCAAAGAUUGACUUGCGCGAACAAGGUCCAAGACGACGAGUUUUGCUCUAUAAUCCAAGAUUUAUUAAAAUCAUAUCUGGAACAGUUUGAGAGUUAUGAUCAUAAUCUUUGCAGUCGGUUAGGCAGUAUGCUUUCUGAUCUCAUUCGCGCCAAAGUCUACGAGACCUGUGGAGACAACUGGAAGAUUAUUUCGAAUGUUUAUAUCGGUGCAGUCCGCGAUCAAGGCAUAGCAGUGGCUAGUCAAUGCACUUGGAUCCCUGAAUGUGAUAAGUUCGCCACCGCUAGUUUUGAGAACGAAGCUUUAUUUGCUWUUGGAGUAGUUUUUGCGAUAUAUAUUCUGGGAAACAAAUGA